AUGAGCCAGGACCCGGUUGUGGCAGCAGCCGUGCGUACGCGCUCGCCGUCACCCUCGUCCUCACGCGGCUCGAGCCUGCUCCGGCCCCCCCACAAGUCGUACGGCGCGACAGAUACACCUUCCCUACAUGUCCAGAUUGCGACCCCCGAUCCGAGCCAGUUCGAAGGUAAUGGCGCAUACGGGUACUCGGGGUUCGAGGAUGACUUGGAGGAUAUGGUUGAUAUUGGGGAAUCGUGGCGAUUCAUGAGCCGGUUCUACGGCCUUGUGCCACUGACUACACUGGCCUUCUUCGCGGGCCUCAUAGCCUUAAUUACCUGGGGAUGGCCGCCGAGCAGUGACGAAAAGGAUGAGGGACAGGCUUACCCCCACCCGUUCUUCUGGAAGGCGUUCCUGGUGGGCACGUUUGCCAGUAUGGCCGUCCAGUCCCUCCGUGUACCCAUGUUCAUUUUCGUCUCGUGGCUUCCUCUGAGCGGUACGGCGGCCGUUGUACUCUCCACAGCCGCCCAUGUGGUCGUGCACGAGGCGUGUCGCCUCAUCUCCGUGCCGCUCACCAUCCCCUCUCCGACUUCGGGCUUUCAUUCGAGUUACUACCUCGGAUUGGGAUGGGGCGUUGCCGAGGCCGCAUGGGGCAUCGUGCAAGGGUACGAACAGCUUAGCCUGUACGAGGACCUGAGUGACCCGUGGGCUAUCGAGGAGCUCGGCUGCGACGACUGCGACGUUGACGAGUGCGCAGAGGACAUGGAUCUUGAGGACGAGGCUGGCGCAAAUGACGACCUGGCCGAGCUCGAACACCGCGUCGAGAUCCUGGAGCGCAUGCGCGCGCGUGCAGAACUCGAGGAUGUCAUGGGCCUUCCCUUCCCCCUCAUCCCCUUCGCACUGCACGUGCUGUGGCGCAUCGACACGUUAAUCCUCAACCUCGGCCUAACCCUCAUCCUCUCGGGCUUCUACUUUGACCCAGAGCCGAUCUACAAGCACGAAUCCGCUGCCGCUACCAGAGACUGGCCGCCCAUCGCGCCCAAGCCCACACCAAGCCGCUGGCUUCCGCUCGCCUGGGUCGCCGUCACGAUUGUGCACAUCACUCUCAGCCUAGUGUGGAAGGUCGUCGGGCGUGUCGGUGUCGGCGCCGUGACGUGGGGCGGCCAAAUUGUUGCGCUUGGCAGCGUGUUCGCCGGCUUAGGUGUUUGGGGUGGCGUCGUCUAG